AUGUAACUCCUCGAAGCUUCCGGUGUAGACAUCCAUGGAGGACAUAACUGUCAUGACAACAACGUGACUUACCGUUUGCGGUUCUUCUUCAGCUCUUGAAUCAAUGUCGUCGGUUUGAAUUCAGUGAAUAUAAUGUGAAAUUAGUUACGUUUUUAUCCGUCGCGUUCAUUAUCGUUUGGUCUACUCAGCGUUUAGCAGGGCUGCACGGUAACGUUAACCUUGGCGUGCACCACAGUAGUUUAACUAACUAGUGGCUGUCAACUUAACCGUCACUAACUUCACUAAGGUUACCGAAUUAAAGAUGUCGGGGGUCUGUCGUGGUUUGAGCUCAGUGAAGCUCCUGACAGAAGCUACACUUUUGCCGCGUUGCCCAUUAUUUGUACCGGCACGCAGCAAAUUCACUAAAGCAAGAGUCCCCAAACAGAUUUUUGAAGAGAGAUCAAAAGAGCAUGAUCGAUAUGGAGGAGAUCCAGAACAACCUCACAAACUGCACAUCGUGACACGAGUCAAGAGUACCAUGAGACGACCGUACUGGGAGAAAGACCUCGUGAAAUACCUGGGGCUCGAAAAGGCUCAUACACCUGUCAUUCACAAAAACACACCUGCAGUCAACAACCAACUGAAAUUUGUCAAACAUCUUGUGAGGAUCGAGCCUCUGAAGACGCCCUACGGUCUGCCAACUGAGCAGGACAUGGGAGACACUUACAUCAACACCAAAGGAGAGCUGAUCAUCCACCGCCUCCUCCAGCCUGCAGACCCCAAAGCUCUCAAAUCCUAGCUCCGCUUCCACAUCAUGUUCAUUCAAAGUUCAAUUGUUCCAGAAUAUCAUGAAAUAUAUUGUGCUCUAUAGCUUCCUGUUCUGGUUUCACCACAAUGAGCAAAAGGAAUAUGGUUUAAACGGUUUUUGUAUUUACUCAAAUGUCUAUCUAAAUAUUGCAAGUAUGCAACAGAUGAUUGUUAAAAUUCUAAAGUAAACAUGACUUGUUAAAACACAUCAAUUAAAAGCCUUUUGAAAUGAAAU